AUCAAUCGUUCGGAAAAUUUUGUUUUCGUAGAUGCGUAAAAUUCGUAAUGAAAUGCCCUUACUAAGUCUUUGAUCACAAAAAAGUUUUGAGUGUAUAAUUUAGUGUUAAGAAUGACGGAUAAAGAUACUUUUAUCCAAGAAAAACUCGUGGGUUAUCAUGAUAAACCAUGCAGUUACUGGCAAAGACUCCCAUAUCGGUCAGAUACAGGCGGUGUUUCUCCUAUGCUGCUGGAAGGUUUGGAAAAAUACACUAAUCACCGAAUUCAUGGUAUGACACCGGACCGACGAGCUUGGAGGAAGCAGUUUUUGUUGGAUCAGAAUCUGUCUCAUAGAGAACCUGUUUUCGUUCCGGAAUUGUACUACGAAAUCAAUAACCCAAUAAGACGGUUCUUGAGAUAUCCGUACAACAAACUGGAACAGGCUGUCCUGAAGAUAACUGGAAACUCAUUGGUCGCCAAAUCCGCAAAAAUCUAUGCUGUCAAAUCCACGUAUUAUCUCUUAUUCAUAUUCGCUGCGUCGUAUUACUUCAUGUAUAACAAGAGGGAUUGGACUCGAAUCGGAGGAAUCACGGUGCAACAGUCUAAACCCAUCAUAUUUCCUGGAGCUCCUGGGUACCCUUACGAAUCAAAUAUGAAAUUGAGUGAAUUUUACGACAUGGGCUUCAGCAAAAGUGCAUUGUUUAAAUCUGAGGAACGGAUUAAAGCUGAAUACGCGAAAGAAUUGGAGCAAAAGAAGCUAGCUCAAAAGAAACAAUAAAUCAUUUUGAAAGGAAACAAUGAGUAAAACUUGUAGUAAUGUUUCUUCCCGGAGCACUCUUAUUGGAUGAAAUAAUUUAUUACUGUUUCAUCGGUAGUUAUCAAUGUAAAAUAUUAUACAAAAUAAAGGUUUGUUCGUUAA